CUCGCGUGUCUCCGGCCACGCGCCGGAAAGACAGCCUCCUCCCGCCUGCGGGGGGAAGCGCUCAGGUCGCAGAGGGUGGGGUUUGCAGCGCCCGAGGUCGCCAUGGCUACCCAGCCCGAGGUCCCCGUGGCCACCGUGGCUGCUGAGCCUGCGGUGCCGUCGCUCGUGGAUCGUUACUUCACUCGCUGGUACAAAGCAGAUGUCAAAGGAAAACCCUGUGAGGACCACUGUAUACUACAGCAUUCUAACCGAAUAUGUGUCAUCACAUUGGCAGGAUCUCAUCCAGUUCUUCAGAGUGGAAAAACAAUUAAAAGCAUUUCCUAUCAAAUCAGUACCAACUGUAGCAGACUUCAGAACAAGGUCUCUGGGAAAUUUAAGCGGGGGGCACAGUUUCUGACAGAACUCGCACCUCUGUGUAAGAUAUAUUGCUCAGAUGGAGAAGAAUACACCAUAUCUAGCUGUGUUAGAGGACGGUUGAUGGAGGUGAAUGAAAACAUUCUUCAUAAGCCAUCUAUUCUUCAGGAGAAGCCAUCCACUGAAGGCUACAUCGCAGUUGUGCUGCCCAAAUUUGAAGAAAGUAAAAGCAUAACAGAAGGGUUACUGACACAAAAACAGUAUGAAGAAGUCGUGGUGAAACGCACCCGUGCCGCAACAGGUACAUCAUGAGGACCAACAUGGAGUAAAAACCAGCAAGGCGCUCUUAUCCGUACCUGGCCUGUCAGUGUGCUGAAGACCGGGUGCAGGUGAAGCAUGCUUCCCACCCGGCCAUCUGCACGGAGGUCUGAUCUUAAAACCUGACCUAGUUAUCCUUUUUUCUCUUGCAUAACAAGACUUGAUUCCAUUUUGUCUUCAGCAUCCCAGAUCUGCCUGCUCAUAUGCUCACUCUGUUCUUUUGCUUUUCUCUUUCUAACAACUGGCAAGUGAGAGAUGUUUUUCUGAUUAAAAACAAAGCACUUUGAGGAAAAUUUGAAAAAGACAGAAAAGACAGCAAAGUAAAAGUAAUUUACCAAUAGUAAAUACUAUGUUUUGACACACUUCUGUUUGAAUGUUAAAAAUGGCAUGGCUAUUGUUUUUGCCUCAAUUUUCCAACACUUAGAAGUUAAAAAAACAAAACAAAACAGCUGGCUUCCUUACCCAGGCUCUUCAGUGUGACACCACCAAAUCAUCUGGCCCCCUCCUUUGCCCCAGAUCCUCACCCUUAGGUGGUAGGGAAGAGGCCGGGUGUAGAGCACCUUCUCUAUUCCUUGAGGGUGGGCCUUCCCCUCUGAAACUGCAGCACUGUAACACUGUGGCUUCUUACAUGAGGGUCACAUGAAAAGGCUUUGAAAGAUACUAUGGGCUUUGCUAACCUAUCGGAGCACUGUAAUGAGGGUUAAGCUGGUUGUUGCAAUAUGUGCAUCUGUGGUCACUCAGUCUCACAUUCUAGUUACAGGGUAACCAGCAAAGAAGUUACUGUAAUUCAAAGACACAGGUGCUUUCGAACAAAAGCUUUCACAUUACUUAAACAAAAAAACAAAAAGAACUACAAAGUUAUGGUUUAAGAUUGUAUACUUCUUUACAUUGAAUUUCAAAUAAAAGGACUUUAAAAUUUAUUUUAUUUUUCCUUAGGGCUGCAACACAUACAUAAAAAGAUCUGUUUUUAAAUAAAACAAUGAUACUCGAUGUGUAAAUUCUUUUGGUUCUUUAUCCUCUUACGCUGUUGAAGUCAUAAGUUACUGCUUCCCCAUGCCCACUUCGCAUUUGUAGAAGAGAAUAUUCUCAUUUCAGGUAUGUAAAUUAUUUUGUAAAUAAAAUUUUUAAAUUA